CUUUUGAUUCGAUAGUUGACAGAGUGGUUUCUCCAUCCAUCACCGAGGGGGCAGGUUCGCGGGGAAGCGGUGUGUCUUGAACUUGAUGCCGUUGUACUUGCCGCUCAAGAGGAAACGACGAGGAUGAGCCCACCAUGAAUUGGGGCAGAAUAUCCUCGUCGUCCAGGCCAGUACCUGUUCAAAACGUGCGUUGAUUCUGGCUGUUUUUUCCUUGGGCAAGGGUAAGAACGGGCCAGCAUCGACAACAACCCUGUCUGCCAUGAGCGAUGAAAAAUACAUAUCCAUCCACAAGCUCACCAAGCAGUUCGGCCUCGUCCCAUCCACCCUGUCCAAGUGGGCCGAUGCUGGGAAAGUGCGAUACAUCCACCCCAACGAGAAUGGACACAGACUCUACAACGUGCGGGACAUUGAGCGAGUCUUCUGCCUCACCCAGCCCAUCACAACCAGGAUCGUCGUCUACUAUGCCAGAGUCAGUUCAUCCCACCAGCGAGCAGACCUCGAGCGACUCCAAGUCUGGAAACGAGAGCGAGAGCCAUACAUGGCUGCCCGCAAGGCUCUCCAGAAGCAGUAUCCCAAGCAGUGGAAGAAUCGCCUUGGCGAGAUCCUGGUUCCAGAGCCACCGAAACCCCAUCCACCCAAGAAGAAGAAGGCAGUCCCCCUGGAGCACCUGAGACAGCGCGUCGGUGUCCUGUCUUGCUACGACAAGGACCACUGGAUCCGCCAGACUGGUGUCGCUGCCGAUUUCAUCGAUGAAGCAGUCCGAGACAUUGUCAAGAACUGGUUCUCGAACCAGCAGCGAUACCUGUCCCAGCAAGCCCAAGGCAACAACCCCAGUCCAUUCGACAUGCAUUUCUCGAGCAAGAAACGGGCCAAACAAGAGUCCUGUGUCCUGCUCAAGAAGCACUGGGGCAAGAUCGUCAAGGAGGACAGCUUCUGGAACAGACUCAAUCCCUUCAAGCUCAAUGUCGAGGGCCGAGUCGAGCGAGGCAAGCAACUCACUCUCCCCCUGGCCCAUGACACCCGCCUGAUCAAGACACGCACCAACAAGGUGUAUAUUGUCGUCGCCGAGCCACUACCAAAGAGGAGCGAAAGCCAAGCUCCUCAGGGUGAUCUCGGGGUUGUCUCUGUCGAUCCUGGUGUGCGCGAUUUCAUCACCACCUUUGACCCCUCUGGGCUGGUCACAGCCUGGAGUCCCAAUGUCAGUGGAUACUCCAAGAUCAAUCAAGAUCAAUGACCUCAAGCGAAGUGUUGGCAACUAUUCCUGUUUCGACGGGCACUCUCAUAUCCACACCAGGCGUAGCACGUGUGGA